UCCAAAUUAUUCAAAUAUAAUUUCCUUUACUGUGCUUCAACUUCAACUCUUGCAUUGCUGAUACUCAUUUUGCUCAACAUGUCUACACCAGCAGAAUACUACCGGUCUCUACCACCUGUGAGCAAGACCUAUGGGGUGGCCUGUUUGAUGACCACUGCUGCAUAUUAUCUGCAACUUUAUGAUGCAUGGAACAUAGCACUUGAUUAUGGCAAAGUCUUUAAAAGCUUUCAAGUUUGGAGGCUUCUCACAAACUUCUUCUUUUUAGGCCCGUUUUCAAUACCCUUUGCAGUUCGUCUAAUAAUGAUAGCAAAAUAUGGUGUUUCAUUAGAAAGAGGGCCUUUUGACAAGAGAACUGCUGAUUAUGUUUGGAUGUUCAUAUUUGGUGCAUUCUCGCUUCUGGUGAUUACUGCUGUGCCAUACUUUAUGUUUCCAUUCCUGGGAAUUUCUUUAGUUUUCAUGAUCGUCUAUGUUUGGAGCCGGGAGUUUCCAAAUGCACGAAUCAACAUUUAUGGUGUUGUAUCAUUGAAGGGGUUUUACCUUCCAUGGGCUUUGCUUGCUCUGGAUUUAAUAUUUGGAAAUCCCAUAAAGCCAGACAUUGUAGGUAUGCUUGCAGGACACCUAUAUUACUUCUUAACAGUGCUUCAUCCUCUUUCUGGGGGAAAGUUCAAAUUCAAGACUCCUCUUUGGGUUCACAAAAUAGUGGCAUAUUGGGGAGAGGGUACCCAAAUAAACUCCCCUGUGCAAUCUAAUCCAUUAGCUGGAAUUGUAUUCAGAGGAAGAAGCCAACGUCUUGGUGGGACACAGACAACAACAACAACAACCACUAAUGACCAAACUCAAGGGAAUGCUUCUGCUUCUGCUUCUGCUUCUGCUUCUGCUUUGCAGAGACAAGGUGAUGGAAUUGCUUUUCGUGGAAGAAGUUAUCGUUUAAAUGGAUGAGUCUGUUCUUUAAAAUGAUAUCUUCAAUCGUGACUCUUAACUUCAUUGUUGAUUAAAGAGUAAAAGUGUUGAACUCAAGUUAGAGUUAGCAAGACUAUAUGUUAUGUUACAAAAUUCACAACACAUUGAAUGUUCUUGUGUAGUGAAUCUUUUAACAGAAGUUGAGAUUCUUGCCUCUUGUUAAUUACCAUUGCCUUAACCAUGAGUCUCCUAUGUAUUCCAUCUAUUUCUGAUGAACAUUUUCAGAACUACAUAUGUUAAUUUAAGGGUUCAA